AUCCCUUUUCGAUAGGUUUUUUUUAGUUUCUUUUCUUUUUUGGGAGUUUUUGAAAUUAGUUUCUUGGAGUUUGUUGAAAUUUGGAAGGAAAUCAGUGCGUUUGAGGUAUUGGACAACGGUUUUGGUGUGGAUUUGUGGAGAUUCAUAGGAAUGGAGGAUUUUAGUUCAGAUUUUAAGCUGUGAAGUGGAGAGAGUGCUUCUCUGUGGAAUUUAGGGUUUUUUUUCUUUCUUUCUUUCUUUUUAUUUUGUUCUCGUUUUACUGGUCACUGUUUUGGGGGAGAUCUGGUGUUUGUGUGAGAAGUAGGAGGAGAAAUUCUCUUUCUAUAGUUAAAAAAAUUUGAAAUUUGAGAUUGUGAGAGGAUGGUCCUAUUGAUAAUUUGCUGUUUAACUGAUUUUGAUUUCCUUUGAAGCAAGAAAGAUUGCAUUUUGAGAUGUUGGUGCUUUUGGUUUGAGAAAUCAAGAAGAGGAGCUUGGAGAAGGUGAGAAUGAGAGGCUUUUGCUUUGAUUUCUCUUAUGUUUGUUUGGAGCACAAUAAUUCUGUCAACUUGAUGGCGGGUUCAAUGUCAUCCAUGUGCACAUGGAUUCAAGGGUGUAAAAGUUAUAAAAGUUUAUUAUGUGUCUAACCAAUCUUUUGGUGCUUUGAUCAUCCAUCUCUUGCCUGCAAUGGUGCCCACGGGGCCUCCAAACCCGAUGGCCGGUGGCCAGCCGAUGCCCCCAUCACUUCUACGUACCAACUCCGGCGUACUUGGUGGUUCUCAGGCUGCACAAUCACCAUUCUCUUCUUUGGUCUCUGCUUGCAACCAACUAGGCAGUAAUGGCAAUAAUAUGAGCUUGCUUGGGAGCAACCAGAGUGUUUCAUCACUGCUUAACCACUCUUUUGGGAAUGGAAGUUCUGGCACUUUGAUGAAUCUUCAGCAAAGAGUGGGUGUUAAUGGUCAUGCCAACAUGAUUGGCUCUGGUGAACCUGAUACUCAGUCCUUCAACACUUCAGCUGGUCAGCUUCAGGGACAGCAGCAUUUUCAGAACCAUUCUAGGAACCAGCUUAGUUCUGACAAUCUUCAAUCUCAGCAGCUUGAGGGAGCACAGAAUUUUCAGCGGCAGUUCUCCCUUACGCAUAACCAGCAGCAGCAGGUCUUAGGAGGUCUAGGCAAUGUCAGUAGCUUAGGUUCAGUCAAGCUUGAGACACAGAUGGGUUCGGCUGAGCAACAUGCUCCACCCCAGCAGUUGCAGUCAGUGCACAAUAUUGGAGCAGUCAAAAUAGAGCCACAGCAGUUACAGUCUAUGAGAAAUUUGGGACAGGUUAAACUUGAACACCAGCAUUCAGAUCCAUCAGUGUUUUUGCAUCAGCAGCAACAACAGUUAUUGCAACUUUCCAGGCAGUCAAAUCAGGCAGCUGCUGCACGUUUGAAUCUUAUGCAACAGCAGAGGAUGUUGCAGCUGCAGCAGCAGCAACAACAACAUCAACAGCAGCAGCAGCAACAAAUUCUUAGGACACUGCCCCAGCAAAGAGCCCACUUGCAACAGCAGCUUCAGCAAAGUCUGUCCAUCAGGUCUCAAGUGAAGCCAAUGUAUGAGCCUGGAAUGUGUGCUCGCCGAUUGACCAAUUAUAUUUAUUAUCAGAAGUGCAGACCAGAAGAUAAUAAUAUUGAGUUUUGGAGGGAAUUUGUUACUGAAUACUUUGCUCCAAAUGCCAAGAAGAGAUGGUGUGUUUCUCUCUAUGGAAGUGGUCGCCAAACUACUGGUGUAUUUCCUCAGGAUGUGUGGCACUGUGAAAUAUGCAAGUCCAAGCCUAGCCGUGGGUUUGAAACGACGGUGGAGGUUCUUCCAAGGCUGUGCCAGAUUAAGUAUGCCAGUGGUACUCUGGAGGAGCUUCUUUAUGUUGACAUGCCGCAUGAGUAUCUAAAUCCAUCAGGUCACAUUGUCCUUGAAUAUGCUAAAGCUAUCCAAGAGAGUGUCUUUGAACAAUUACGUGUUGUACGAGAUGGUCAACUGCGAAUUGUUUUCACACCAGAUUUGAAGAUAUUUUCUUGGGAAUUUUGUGCUAGGCGCCAUGAAGAACUGAUACCUCGACGGCUGAUAAUACCUCAGGUUAAUCAAGUAGCACAAGUGGUUCAGAAGUUCCAGGCUGCUUCUCAGAAUGUUACACCUAACUCAUCUAUCCAGGAGUUGCAAAAUACCUGCAACUCGUUUGUUGCAUCUGCUCGGCAGUUAGCUAAAGCUUUAGAAGUUCCGAUCGUAAAUGAUUUGGGAUACACAAAAAGAUAUGUCCGUUGCCUUCAGAUAUCUGAGGUGGUCAGUAGUAUGAAAGACUUGAUUGAUUUUAGCAAAGAAACUGGAACUGGACCCAUGGAAAGUCUCAUCAAUUUUCCUCGGAGGACUUUUGUGUCUGGUCCCCAACAUGCCCAACAUCCCCAACAUGCCCAACAUCCCCAACAAGCUCAACAAGCUCAACAAUCUGAUGAGCAGCAAAGUGUGGCCCAGAGCUCUACUCUCACAGCCGGAGGACAGUUUGGUUCUGUUAGCAAUGGUACUGUGAGUGUAAAUAACUCUCUGAAUGCUCCAACUUCAACUACAACAUCUGCAACGACCAUCACUGGGCUUCUUCGCCAGAACUCUAUGAAUUCUAGGCAUGAAAAUCAAAUAAGUAGUGUUAACAGCCCCUGUGGUGGGGGGAUUGCUGUUCAGAUACCAUCAGCCAGCUCUUCCAAUUCUUUAGCCCCGUCCCAGGCUAACCCAUCAUCCCCAUUUCCCUCACCGACCCCAUCUACAUCCAAUAACAACAUGACUCCGACAUCUCACAACACUGCCCAACUGAACUCUGCUAAUUCUCCAGCGAAUUUAUCUGCAGCACAACAGAACACAUCACAGUCCCAUGAAGCUGAGCUGGCUGAUUCCCAAAGUUCGGCACAGCAAAUUUUUCAAGAGAUGAUGAUGUCCUCACAAUUGAAUGGUCCUGCUAACAUUGGAAGUGAUAUGAAAGGCCUUAAUGGAGUUGCACCAGCACCAAAUGCAGGAAACUGCCUUGCCAGAAAUGGGAUUGCCAACAGCCAAGGUAUGGCUGGCAUUGGGUUUGGCAGCAUGGGUGGGAUUGGACCAUCUAUAAUUACAAAUGGUCAAAGAAGCGCAAUCGCUUAUAAUACCAUGACCUAUGAUGGGAGAAUCGGAAUGAAUAACAUUCCCAGGCAUCCAACACCUGUGAACCAACACCAGCAACAGAGUCCGGGAAACCAGCUCAUGAGUGGUUUUGAAUCAAUCAGCAGCUUCAACAACUUGGAUUUCGACUGGAAGUCCUCCCCCUGAAGCAGCUCAUUCCUGCUAAAAUCUUCAGACAU